AUGCCAAUUCUCCCAUCAGUUCCUUGUGACUCUCAUCCCAUGGUUACUCAUGCAAAAUCUGAGAUUUUUAAGACACGGCAUCCAAUCCAUCCAAUCCAUCCAGUCCAUCUCAGCCUUGUGCAGUCUUCACCAUUGCUUCAUGCUCUGCUUGUCACCUCUGAGCCUAAGGGAUUUAAAUCGAUUGCCAAAAAUCCAGCUUGGCUUGCUGCUAUGGACGACGAAAUGAAGGCUCUUCAAACAAAUCAUACUUGGGAUCUUGUUCCCCGGCCAUCCAACACUAAUAUUGUUGGUUCCAAAUGGGUUUUUUGGACUAAAUUUCAUUCUGAUGGGUCCAUUGAUCGCUUCAAAGCGCACCUCGUUGCAAAGGGCUACACUCAACUUCCCUGUCUAGAUUACACGGACACUUUUAGCCCUGUGGUUAAAGCCUCCAUAGUUCGUGUUGUUCUUUCUCUCACCGUGUCUCACAAGUGGUCCUUACGUCAACUUGACGUAAAAAAUGCUUUCCUCAAUGGCAUUCUUCAUGAAACCGUCUACAUGGACCGCACGAACCAUUCUUUAUUUGUUUUUAAUCGGCAGGAUGAUCUUAUUUAUCUCCUACUCUACAUCGAUGACAUUAUACUCACUGGGCAUAAUUCAGUUCUCAUAAAUCGAUUUAUUACCCAACUGCACGCCGAGUUUGCUAUCAAGGAUUUAGGACCAAUAAAUUGCUUUCUUGGCCUCAAGGCAUCUUACAUCCCAGACGGCAUCUUCCUCAGCCAAGUAAAGUAUGCUACUGAUAUAUUGGCCCGUGCUCAACUUCUGGACAGCAAACUAGUUCCUACUCCUAUGAUUGUCUCUCAACGGCUCUCCUCCAAAGGUGCUCCAUUUGAAGAUCCCGCUCUCUACCGUUCAUUCGUAGGUGUCUUACAGUACUUAACAAUUACACGUCCGGAUCUUGCACACUCAGUCAACUCUGUAAGUCAGUUCCUUCAUGCACCUACUGAUGUUCAUUUUCAGGCAGUCAAGCGAAUCAUUCACUAUGUAAAAGGCACACUUCACUUUGGCCUCAAGUUCACUUCAUCCUCUUCUAUGAGUUUAGUUGCAUACUCGGAUGUUGAUUGGGCUGGAUGCCCGGACACUAGACGCUCCACCUCUGGCUACUCGAUCUAUCUUAACAAUAAUCUUAUCUCUUGGAGUGCCAAGAAAUAG